AUGAGUGGACCCUUGGAGCUUUCUGAAAAGUAUGUUGGCUGUGAUGGGGAGCUGCAGCGGCUACAAGUGUCCUGUGAGGUGUUGAGCGAUGUAGACCCUCCUCAGAGGCUCUCGGCGGGCGUGGUCCAGAUGAAGCAGUCGGUAGUGGAGUUCUUAGGGACCCUAGUGGAGCAGGAUGCACAGGGCGCGGCGGAAGAUAUGGACAACGCUUUGGACGAUGACAAUGAAGAAGCAGAAGGUGAAAAUAACUCUGGUAGAACUAACUCAGAUGGACCAUUUACAAAACGCCCAAACCAACGCCUCAACAACAGUUAA